AUGAUUAUGGAUUUUCUGAGCGAGAAGUUUGCCCUGAAGAGCCAGCCGAGCAAGAACAGUGACUUUUACAUGGGAGCAGGAGGCACUUUGGAGCAUGUUAUGGAAACUUUGGACAAUGAGUCCUUUUAUAGCAAAACGUCAGGCAGCAAAUGCGUGCAGGCCUUCAACCCUCUGCAAAGGGCUGACCAUCAUGUGAGGCUGGAGAGGACAUCGCCCUGCCAGGACAACAACGUGAACUAUGGGAUUACGAAAGUGGAAGGACAGCCUCUUCACACGGAGCUGAGCAGGCCCAUGGACAAUUGCAACAAUCUCAGGAUGUCUCCAGGGAAAGGGAUGCAGGAGAAGGGGGAACUGGAUGAACUCGGUGAUAAGUGUGACAGCAAUGUCUCCAGCAGUAAGAAGAGGAGACACAGGACAACCUUCACCAGUUUGCAGCUGGAGGAGCUGGAGAAAGUAUUCCAGAAAACUCACUACCCUGAUGUCUAUGUCAGAGAACAGCUAGCUCUGAGAACAGAGCUCACUGAGGCCAGAGUCCAGGUUUGGUUCCAGAAUCGAAGAGCAAAAUGGAGGAAAAGAGAACGUUAUGGUCAGAUCCAGCAAGCUAAGAGCCAUUUUGCUGCCACCUAUGACAUAUCUGUUCUUCCAAGGACUGACAGCUACCCUCAGAUUCAGAACAAUCUGUGGGCAGGGAACGCGGCUAGCGGUUCUGUGGUUACUUCCUGCAUGCUACCACGAGAUACGUCCUCCUGUAUGACACCUUAUUCCCAUUCACCCCGGACAGAUUCUGGCUACACAGGCUUUUCAAACCACCAGAAUCAGUUCAGCCACGUGCCCCUCAAUAAUUUUUUCACUGACUCUUUACUUUCUGGGGCAACCAAUGGACAUGCUUUUGAAACAAAGCCGGAGUUUGAAAGGAGGUCCUCCAGCAUUGCAGUUCUACGGAUGAAAGCCAAAGAGCAUGCUGCCAAUAUUUCCUGGGCCAUGUAA